AAGGGAAGAAAGGGAGACUGAAUAAGGGUGGCAGGAUUGACAGCAUUGCCUCGGGCGACUAUACUCGGGCAUCAGCCUGGUGAUGGGUCUAAGUGGUGUUCUAUCAAGAUGCCAUCCACCCUGGCACCUCUUCUGCUACUUGCAACAAGCUGACGGACGCUUGCGUACGCCGAGAACACAUCAGCCAGAUUGACGCAAGGCUUCCAUCAGCUUUGCGGUGUAACUGGGGACAGGUUGAGCGCUUACGCCUGCAGUGCCUUGAACAAUGCGCCCCGCACCUGGCCGUCUCCGAGUUUCUCAGCUCCAACGCACAUUUUCAUCCACAGCGUCAAUCAGAAUGAAGAUCGUACCCGUGCCAGUUCGCGAGGAUAACUACGCGUAUCUCCUCGUCGACGAGCCCACUAACAAGGCUGCCGCGGUCGACCCCUAUGACGUCCCAAAGGUACAGGCCAUCGCAAACCAGCUAGGGGUCUCUAUAGUUGCCGCCAUCACAACACAUCACCACUUUGAUCACAGCGGGGGAAACGAGGCAUCAAAGUAUCCUGGCGCACCCGUGUACGGGGGUAGCGACAAGAUCCCAAAGCUGACGAACCUCAUCAAGGACAAGGACGAGUUUGUCGUCGGCGAGCACAUUCGGGUCAGGUGCUUGGCCACCCCUUGUCAUACGCAGGACUCUAUCUGUUACUAUGUCACUGACACUGCGAACGCGUCUCAGCCAGGCAGUGUCUUCACUGGUGACACUCUUUUUAUAGGUGGAUGCGGUAACUUCUUCGAAGGCACCGGUGAGGAGAUGCAUGCCGCGCUCUCUUACUUGGGCACCUUACCCGACGAGACUGUCACAUACGUCGGCCACGAAUACACGGCUAAGAAUGCCGAUUUCGCGAUAACCGUCGAGCCUACUAAUGCCGACAUUUCUCGUCUCUAUCGAAUGACCCGAGAAAACGCCAUCACUACUGGCAAGUCCACCAUCGGCGACGAGAAGCUGUGGAACGUAUUCAUGCGCCCUCAGAGCGAGGAAGUAAAGAAAGCUACUGGGUUGGCAGGGAACGAAUCUGCUAUUGUCACCAAGCUGCGACAGAUGAAGAGUAGUUUCAAGGGGUAAACACAUAUUAGGCUGGCCACCAGAGAUGACACUCUUGCGUUGCAUCAGAAACCUACAAUUCUUGAUAAAUAUUAUUCACGUUUUGUCUUGAUUUUGCGACGAGUGACUGCUACAUCUGAUUACAAUAACAAAACUAGACCUAGAAUGUAAGCGACAGCGAUGGCAACCAUAAAAUUGUCGUGAUUCGUUAACGUCAAUUCAACCCAACCACUUUGAGUACGGCCGAACGAGCGUAUGGGAUGUAUGACAAUGAAUACCACGUAUACGCUAGGUACUCGAUGAUCACGAAUACUGCAACAGAGUAUUAACGUGAAGGUCGAUGAACGGUGAUUGGAUUAGGGGCUUACUGAUGCAGAGAACCUAUCGAG